AUGUCUCUCGCAACUCUCGACGUUUCCCAACACCCCUACCUCCCCUCCGCCUCCGAGACGCUGUUCAAGGCCAAGGCAUCCAAGAAGCUGAGCUUCGAGCAAAUCGCCGAGCACAUCGGUCGCAACGAGGUUGCCGCGGCCGCCCUUUUCUACGGCCAGGCCAAGGCAUCCCCCGAAGACAUCGACAAGCUGUCCGCCCUCCUGGACAUUCCCCGCGAUCUUCUGGAAGAGCAGCUCAGCGGCUUCCCGGAUCGCGGCCGCUCGGUCGAGAUGCCGCCCAAGGAGCCGCUGAUCUACCGACUGUAUGAGAUUGUGCAGAACUACGGGUACGCGUACAAGGCCGUUCUGAAUGAGAAGUUCGGGGAUGGGAUCAUGAGCGCCAUCUCAUUCUCGACCAAGGUCGAGAAGGAGACGGACGAGGCCGGAAACAACUGGGCUGUUAUUACUUUGAGAGGAAAAUGGUUGCCUUUCUCGCGGUUCUAGGUAUGAUUAUGUGAUUUAGGGAGGCGGUAGUGAUUGAAAUGCAUGUAAAUAGUAUUUGAAAGAGAUGCGAUUGUAUCUGUUCCUGCGCAUGACUUUCAUUCCGAUGUGUAGUGGCAAUGCGCAAAACAAAGAAUUCACAGCCGGCGUCGAACAACACCUACCUUCACCCGCCAGAUUGGCCGUGUGUCACAGUGAGGUGAGAAUGGUCUCUACAACACGCGAUCCUCACGCAUCCACCUCAUUGACUGACUCACCUUGCAACUUCCUCAACCUUCUGUCCUGAUCUCUCCAAAUGCCUCAUUCCUUUCAUCUGUUAUUUUAGUUCCUACUCCUAUCUUACUAAACAGGGGCAUCG